AUGACCCAAGGACCCCGCCCCACCAUAGACUCGGGCCCCGCCCACUGGCGGCCGCACCCCGGCGGCCUUGUCGCGCGGCCCUCACCGAGCAGAGCGAGCGGCAGGUGCGUCGGCCUCGGGGACUCGGGGACGCGGGGACGGAGUUGUCCGCAGCUCCUCGCGGGACCGCACAGCCGACGCAGCCUCUCCAGGCUCCAGCCUCGCCGGCCGCGCGCCACGCCCCCCGGCAGCCGGGGCCGUAACUCCUUCCGGGUGAGCGGGUCGCCGACCCGGCUGCCCCGCCCCUUCGCCGAGCUGCAGCUCCUCCGGCCGGGAGACUCGGUGCCCGCUGCUCGGCCGGUCCAGCGCCGGGGGGCCCGGGAGGGGCUGCCGUGCGCGGCCUGCGCCGCUCUGAGACUCCUCCGCUGCUCUCACCGAUGCGGGGCCGGGCUCGCGGGGCCCCGGGUCGGCGGGCAUCGCGCCUCGUUCCUGCGCGCUCAUCGGAGGCAGCUGUCCCUGCGCCCCGGGCUCGCCCGGCGCCUGAUCGCUGGACCAACCCCGGGAAACGCCAGCAGCCCCGGGGUGCAGGACACGGCGCUUGGAUGGGACUUUCCCCCGCGCCUGAUCCGCUUGCUCGGAGGGACCAGAGAUAAAAAGGGAGUAACUAUUCCCAGUCAGAGGCGUUAUGUGUAUUAUUAUAGCUACCUGUUAAAGAAUCAUCUGGAUUAUAGACCAGUGGCACUGUUGUUUCACAAGAUGAUGUUUGAAACUAUUCCAAUGUUCAGUGGCGGAACUUGCAAUCCUCAGUUCGUGGUCUGCCAGCUAAAGGUGAAGAUAUAUUCCUCCACUUCAGGACCCACACGUCGGGAAGACAAGUUCAUGUACUUUGAAUUUCCUCAGCCAUUACCUGUGUGUGGUGACAUUAAAGUAGAGUUCUUCCACAAACAGAACAAGAUGCUAAAAAAGGACAAAAUGUUUCACUUUUGGGUAAAUACAUUCUUCAUACCAGGACCAGAGGAAACCUCAGAAAAAGUAGAAAAUGGAAGUCUGUGUGAUCAAGAAAUUGAUAGUAUUUGCAGUAUAGAGCGUGCAGAUAAUGACAAGGAAUAUCUAGUACUUACUUUAACAAAAAAUGAUCUUGACAAAGCAAAUAAAGACAAGGCCAACCGAUACUUUUCUCCAAAUUUUAAGGUGAAGCUUUACUUCACAAAAACAGUAGAGGAGCCUUCAAAUCCAGAGGCUAGCAGUUCAACUUCUGUAACUCCAGAUGUUAGUGACAAUGAACCUGAUCAUUAUAGAUACUCUGACACCACUGACUCUGAUCCAGAGAAUGAACCUUUUGAUGAAGAUCAGCAUACACAAAUUACAAAAGUCUGAUUUUUUUUUAUCAAGAGGGAAUAAAACACCAUAAAAAAACUUG